AGGUGCCUUCGUGCUCUCCUCCAUCCCCAUCAUCCUGCACCGUGGCUCGAGCUACGACCGAGGGUGUCAGGCCUGUGUCAUCUGCGGUGCGCCCUCCUGCGGACUUAUCCGUCAGCGAUGCUCCGCACCGCCUGCAUGAGCACCGGCCUCGCGGCGGCCUCGGCCUUCGUGGGCCCCGCGCCCAGCGGGGGCGUCGUUAGCAGCGCCGCGACUGGUCAGCGCUUCCUGGCGCCGGAGGCGGCAUCGCCCGAGCAGCCUGCUGGCCUCGGCGCCAGCGGCGUUCUCGCGGCGGCCGGCGCGUGCGCCGUCGCGGCCGGCGCCGCGGCGCGCGCCGAGCGCCGCCGCCCCCGUGCGCGGGCGGUGGUCGCCUGUCGCGCCGGGGGGGCCGACACCGAGGCCAUCGCGAAGCAGGUGGCAGCCAGUGCCGCUGCCACAAUGGUCGCCGUCAGCGCCGCGGCGGCGCCUGCGGCUGCCUACCCGAUCUUCGCGCAGCAGAACUACCCGAACCCCCGGGAGGCAACCGGCAAGAUCGCCUGCGCCAAUUGCCACCUCCAGGGCAAGUACAUCGAAGUCAAGAUGCCCCACGAGGUCCUCCCCGACACGAUCUUCAAGACCCUCAUCGAGCUCCCUCUCAAAUACGAGAAGAGGGUCCAGCCGAUCGCCGACGGCUCCAAGGCCAGUCUGAACGCUGGCGCGAUCGCGAUCAUGCCCGAGGGCUGGAAGCUGGCGCCGAAGGACCGGCUGCCCAAGGCGCUGAAGAAGCAGAUGAAGGGGCUCGCCUGGUCGCCAUACAGCAAGGACAAGCCCAACAUCGUCGUCGCGGGGCCGGUGCCCGGGAAGAUCUACGAGACGAUGGUGCUCCCCAUCCUCGCCCCCGACCCCAACAAGACCCCUGAGAUCGUGUUCAACAAGUACGAAUUCUAUUUCGGAGGCAACCGGGGGCGCGGGCAGGUCUACCCGGAGGGCAACCUCAGCAACGUCAACAUGUACACCGCGGCGGCUGAGGGCACCGUGACCGAGAUCGUCCCGGGCGAGAAGGUGGUCAUCACGAAGGCGGACGGCACGGUGGUGGACUCGCUCAUUGGCAAGGGGGCCACGGUCGUGGUCGAGGUCGGCGAGAGCGUGAAGAAGGACGAGCAGAUCACCACGAACCCCAACGUGGGCGGCUUCGGUCAGGAAGACAAAGAGGUCACGCUCCAGGACAUGAACCGCGUGUAUGCGUACUGCGGCCUCUCCAUCUCGAUCUUCCUGGCGCAGCUGGUGUUCGUGCUCAAGAAGAAGCAGUUCGAGAAGGUGCAGCUUGCGGAGGGCUUCUGAGCAGCAUCCUUUCUGAGAGGGCAUGCGCCGCCCCUCCUCAUCUCCUUGCCUGCGUUUGACUCCGCCCCUGUUUCUUCCCUUUCUGCUGCAUUGUCCAUCCCGGAGUCUUCUUGGCUCAAUGGUAAUUGCGUAAUCAAUUGAUCAUCGGAUUUCCUCCUCCCAGCACUAGCACCCUGGUUCUCACAGGUUGAUGAACGGUUUCCGCGAGGCAUUUUUGCAUGUGGCUUCACACCAGGAAGGCAAGCGAGC